AUGUCAAAGCCAUCCGUCAUCAUCAUCGGCGCCUCCGGUAGUGUCGGCCGCCCACUCGUCGACGAGUUCCUCAGCAAGGCCGAUCACUUUUCCAAAAUCGGCGUCUUGUCCUCUCCCUCAUCCGCUCACAAGUUUGAGAAUCAGAAGGCUCGUGGUGUUGACGUCGUUGUUGGCUCAUUCGCUGAUCCCGCUUGCUACCGCGGAUACGACAUUGCCAUUAGUCUUGCCGGAAACACCAUCAUGCGUCUCCAACCCGCCAUGAUCGACGCUGCUGCGGCCGGCGGAGUGACGCAUUUCUAUCCAUCCGAGUUUGGCUCUGACACGGCCCAGGACUCAUUGAAAAACUUUCGUUACUUUCAAGACAAGCGGAUGACGAGAUACCAUUGUGUGGCAACGGCCAAGCUCCACCCUCAGUUCAAAUAUACCUAUAUGCUUACUGCGCCCUUCACCGAGUGGACUAUCAUGCCAUUCCAUGGCGUGGAUAGAACUACCAAGAAGGUUGUAGCUUACGGCACCAAGGAUAUGCCGAUGGAUGUGACAAGCCUGAAAGACACCGUCCGUUACACCGUGGCCUCCACUUUGCUUCCCUUCCCAGAGGGCCAGCAGAAGCGAGAGAUUCGAGUCGUCGGCGAAAGAACAACCUUCCAGCGCAUUGUCGAUACGCUUGCGGAAGUCGAAGGCUGCCAGUAUGAGACGGUAUAUGUACCAGUUGAAGGCGCCCUGGAGAAAAUGGAUGCCGCUCGAAAGGCUGAAGAUGAAGAAGCUGAGCUGGAAUGGAGCGCAAAAGGUUUGCUGAACAGUGGCGAUGCUAUUGUGGAUGGGCCAUAUGAUAACGAAAGAUUGGAUCCUACUCCUCCCGAGACUGUGAAGCAGACCUUUGAGAGAAUCAUUCGCGUUUAG